AUGGCCCAGCAAGCGGUGGCCACGCUCGGACAGCUGUUGGAGCAGGCCCUUGCGGCUUUUGACGAUGAGCAAAAGACGGUGUCGGCGACAACGCGCAAGCGUAUGGCUGUGCGCGCUAUCCAGGGCAUUAAGCUGGGCCAGGAGCUCAUAAAGUCCCUGGCCUCAGAGCUGCGCCAGCUGGAGGCCACGGCGCACCGGUGGGAGGACGACGCAGCGCACGCCGGCGACAGCCAGCGUGAGCUGAUGGGGCGCCUCGAGCGCGCCGCCAGGGACCUGGACGCAGCGACCGCGCAGCUGCGGGCCGCGGAGGCGGGCCGGAUGGCGGCGCUCGGCGAAGCAGAGGUGGCGGAGCGGCGCGCGGCGGAGGCGUCGGCGGAGCUUCAAGCGCUGCGGGCGACGCUAGGGCAGCGGGAGGCUGAGGCACGCAGCGCAGUCGCGGGGGUCAGCGAGGCUCAGAGCCACGUCAGCCAGCUGGCGGCCGAGUGCGACGUGCUCAGGGAGGCGGCGCGCGAGGCGCUGGAGGCGUCGAACGCAGCAGGGGCAGCGCUGCAAGCGGCGAAGGACGAGGCGACGGGCGAGCGGCAGGCACGGCAGCGACACGAGGAUGCAAUCGCGCGCCUGACAGCCGACAACCUAGUGUUCCUCACGCGCGCCCGCGAAGCCGAGGCGGCCCUCGGCGCCGCGCGCAGCCAAGCUGCCGACCUGCGCGCGGCGCUGGACGAGCACAGGGGCCCGUGGUUUGAGGAGGUCGCGGCGGGCGUGGAGGAGCGCGUGCGUGCGGCAAUGGCGAGGGCGGACGCAUUGCAGCGGGAGCUGGCAGAGGCGAGGGAGGCCGCGGCGGCGACAGAGCAGGCGCUGCGCGGCGAGCGCGCCGAGCUCGAGCAGCUGCUGCAUGAGUCGCGGUCAGAGUGCGGCCAGCUGGCCUCGCAGCUCUCGCAGGCCGGCGCCGCGGAGGCGGCCGCGCGCGAGGAGGCGGAGGCCGCGCAGGUGCUGGCCGCGGCGGCGCGCGUCGCGGCGGAGGAGCGGGCUGCAGAGCUGCGGGUGGCUCAGGACACGCUGCGGGCUAUGAGGGAGGAGGUCAAUGAGCGCUGGGCACGGGAGCGCGGGGCCCUGGCGCAGCUGGAGGCCCUGGAGGGCCAGGCCCAGGCGGCGCAGGACGAGGCGGUUUGGCUGCGGCGGCAGCUGCAGGAGCGCGAGGGCGAGCUGUCUGCGCAGCGCGACGUCAACGUGCAGCUCAUGGCCAAGAAGGAGGACAUGGAGUGGCAGCUCAUGUCAGCCGUGGCGGCGCUGCAGGCGGCCGGGCUGAGCAGCGGCGGCCUCUCGCCGCCGCCGCUGACGCUGCAGGUGGCUGGGGCGCUCAACCUCGACCGCACUGUGCCGCAAAUCUCCGUCACCCGCAAGCGCAACAGCAGCAGCGGCGGCGGCGGCCUGAGCGGCGGCGUUAGCGGGCGGCUGUUUGAAGAUGUGUCAGGGGUGGUCGCGUCCACGCCUGCGCCCGGGCGGGACGUGACGUCGUGA